AUGUUAGACUUUGAUCUACUAUUGCAUGGUACAGGAGGGGCUCUUUUUGUGAUUCAUAAUGUGGAGACCUGGGCACCCAUACACUAUGCGCUGUGGGCGGCUCUGAUAUUCACGGGUCUGGAACUACUUGCUCAGAUCGUCCUGAUGACGGGGAAGGUGUGGGUGACAGAGCCCAUCGCACACAGGGGAAAACACCUGGACGAACUCGAACUUCUGGACAUUGCGUUCAUAGCUUUCAAUCGCUGUACGGCCCCUAUGUUUGUAUACCACCUAUUGAG